CGAGGCGGGCGGCGGCGGCGCGCCGGGCGCGGGCGCUCCGCUGGGCACGCGCGCGUGGUACUACGGCGCCAUCACGCGCACGCACUGCGACGCGCUGCUCAACCAGCACGGACACGACGGGGACUUCCUCAUCCGCGACUCGGAGACCAACGUGGGUGAUUACUCGGUGUCUCUGAAAGCACCGGGUCGCAACAAACAUUUCCGCGUGCACGUCGAAGGCAGCCUCUACUGCAUCGGCCAG